GCUAUUCGAGACAAGUUUUCGCCAGCUGACAGUGCAACGUCGCUAAAAUGGAACUCCACUGAAUCGUAAUUAUCAAUCGUGAAUGUGCCAUAAUCUGUGAUACGAUUUAAUUCGCAAAUUAUCUGGGGAGAUAUCCUUAUCAAGUCAGUUGGACGAUGAAGGUUACGCCGAAGAUGGCUCGGCUCACGAUACAGUAUCCGAACGUCGACAUGCAAGAGGCAAGGAGAGGUCAUAGUGCGCGAAGAAAACUGUUCCAAGAUGACGAGGACGACGAGGGUGAGUCAGGGCGGAAGUCAGGUGUCGAGGACAACAUUGCAAACUGUUUCUAUGAGGAGGCUCGGAAAAAUAGACAAAACGCUAAGGAGCGCUGGAACUUUGAUUUCGAGAAGGAAGAACCACUACCCGGUCGUUACAUGUGGGUGAAGCUUGACGAACACGGAAAUGAAAUCAGUACACCUUUAGAGUCGAGCAAUCGAGUAGAAAAUUUGCGAACGAUGCAGGAAGAGGACACGCAGGAUGACGACGUUACGAUGGAGGAACACUUGGAGGACAGAGAUGGCGAGAACAUGACUGACAGUACGUGAGACGCGUUACGUGACAUCCUUUGUCGUGAAAACCGAGAAUUUACUCAUUCGAUCGGAACAGAAGGACAUUUUAGUGAAAUUAACGUUGCAAGUCGAUGAUUGUGAAUUGAGAAUCGAAGUUAAAGGCUUAUUAGCCUGUUAUUAGACGUCUAGUCAGACUGAACGGUAUCGAAUGUCCGCAGUGCUAGUAAACCAAAGGGACAAUAUUAUUUUUUAAACAAGAAAAUUUUAACAAUUCGAUUAAAAAACGUGAUAUUUGUUAUCGUAUUAUUUAUAGGUAGUUUUAUAUCAUUUUUAC